GCAUGAUGAGUCCUCGAGUCUUGUCCAUACACUCCUGGCCAAAUGUCUUAAAGAAAUCUAUUAAUCAAUGGGGAGACAUUUUCAACCACUUCGUUCCCCAAAAGCAGUGAAGAAAAACCAUUCCUAUGUUGCUUCGAUUUGUUCUCCCUCCACCAUUUUGAAACUCCAAAGCUUUGUUCAACCAUCAUAUAGCGGGAGGUGGGACACAGAUCAGUUCGAAAUCGAAGCCCGUGAUCUUCGCAAUCUCGAGCUCGCCAUCAAAGCUGGGGACUAUGGACGAGCUACACGGCCAAUCAGAUCUGGUCCGAAACUAUGCCGACGAUGGCCAUGGACAAGCAAGGAUCACUCGCGAGUCUUGCUCGCCCAUGGCCAGGGAAAGGGAAAACCGAGGCGAGGCGAGCCUUGCCCGCCCAUGGUCGGCGAUGCCGUUGUCCAUGGCGGGCUGGCCCAUGGCCAGGGAAAGGGAAAACCGAGGCGAGGAGGCUCAUCCAAGGCACAUGCGCCUCCUCCGGGUUACUUUGUUCGCUUGGAAUAUCGGAGAACUCACGACAGCCUUCUCUUGAAGAAGAGUUCUAGCAAGAAAAUGCGGCGGUGGCUCUGUUGUACUUGUCAAGUCGAAGAAUCUUACCACACAAACGAUGACGAGGUGCUGAAAAGCCCAAGGAACCAUGUACAAGGGCACCAAAAAAGUUCGAAGUUGUCUGCUCCUGUUAAACCUGAAGUGCAAAAGGCACCACCACCUAUCGAGGUUCCUGCUCUGUCAGUGGAUGAACUUAAAGAAAAGACUGAUAAUUUUGGAUCAAAGUCAUUGAUUGGUGAAGGAUCUUAUGGAAGAGUAUAUUAUGCUAACUUAGAUAGUGGAAAAGCUGUGGCUGUCAAAAAGCUUGACACUUCAUCUGAUUCUGAGUCAAAUGUUGAGUUUCUGACCCAGGUUUCCGUGGUAUCAAGGUUGAAGCAUGAAAAUCUUGUUGAGUUGCUUGGUUACUGUGUUGAAGGGAUUCUUCGUGUGCUUGCAUAUGAAUUUGCAACCAUGGGAUCACUACAUGAUGUACUACAUGGAAGAAAAGGAGUUCAAGGUGCACAACCAGGCCCUGUCCUCGACUGGAUCCAGCGAGUGAGAAUUGCUGUUGAUGCAGCGAGGGGAUUGGAAUAUUUGCAUGAGAAGGUUCAGCCUUCUGUAAUCCACAGGGAUAUUAGGUCUAGCAAUGUGCUUCUUUUUGAAGACUUCAAAGCCAAAAUUGCAGAUUUUAAUCUGUCAAAUCAGGCACCUGACAUGGCUGCCCGUCUUCAUUCUACCAGAGUUUUGGGAACCUUCGGCUAUCACGCUCCAGAGUAUGCGAUGACUGGUCAAUUGACACAGAAAAGUGAUGUGUAUAGCUUUGGAGUUGUUCUUCUAGAGCUUUUAACUGGGAGAAAACCUGUUGAUCAUACCAUGCCGCGGGGACAGCAGAGUCUUGUUACCUGGGCAACUCCAAGAUUGAGUGAAGACAAGGUUAAACAAUGUGUAGAUCCAAGGCUUAAUGGAGAAUAUCCUCCAAAGGGAGUUGCCAAGUUGGCAGCUGUUGCUGCCUUGUGUGUGCAAUAUGAAGCAGAGUUUCGGCCCAACAUGAGCAUCGUUGUCAAGGCUUUGCAGCCUCUGCUGAAAGCUGCAGCACCUGCUCCAGAGACUUGAGUGAAAGGAAUUCAAAGUCCUUCCGCAUCGCAAUAUCAUCUUACUGCAAAGUUUGCUCCAUAUUCUCUGGCACAUAUGAAUGAUCUUUUCUUUUUCCUUUUUGAGAUAGAUAUGAUGGGUAUACAUUAUUUGAUGAGUUGUUAUCUGACGGGAGAUUGUAUUUAGAAUGCGAGCGGUCCAUGCCGAGCAGCUGCUAAGGCAGUCGGUGCUGGCAUGACGCUCUGUUAGUUUUUCCCUUUUGUCGCAAGUUAUCUUUUAUGGACAUAUCUUCAAUUCUUUUUGAAGUAAAUUUUUCCGGCUGUCUCGUUAA